AUGUCGGCGAUCAAGCAGGCUUUGGCGGAAGCCCUGCGACUAUACGUGAAGGAGGUGGGCAAGCGGAAGGCAGGCUCCUACGCUGAAUACGCUAUGGGCGUCCGAGAACUGGCGGGCCAUCAACACUGGCUUCGGAACCAAUUACUCAGUGGGAAAGGGUACGCUGACGCUAGUGAUCCCAUCACCAAACCAUAUAUGGAUCUACUAUUUGGCACCCCUUUAAACGGGAUAGAACGAGCAAAACCCGCUCGCCGACGCCAGGACCCCAUCCACUCGCAAUACAGUGCCAACCUCCUCACCUACCUUGACCAGUUCCCCCAACCCGAAACCGCUCAAGUUUAUCAUAAUCCGCAUCCUAUGACCCUCAUUAUUCGCCAGCGACAUCGGCUAUUCAGUGAACACCUGCUUGACCAGCUAGACGUGGGGCUAGCGCUGUUGGCAUCUCAGAUUAGUCGGUUUGCUGAUGGGUGUACCAUGUACGAAGAGAAUAAUCUUCGUCAGCUACGGAACCUGAUUCGGAAACAGUACGAUGACCCUAAACAAGCUGAAGCCGAUGCCAUGACUCAGCUCAUUCGCCUUGAACCUCGGUUUUUCCGGAAAGUAGCAGACAGUGACGGCACUUCCGACACCCGGGAGCUGCCGGAACAAUUCGUGCGAUACCUCAAAGCUAACCGCCAAAUAUACCAUCAGCUUGACUAUAAGCCGCUUCCUGAUACCCUUCCUUAUAAUCUUUCAUUUAGUCGUUGGCAUAUGAUUGAUGUUCAACACUUUAACUUUGACAUUGCUGGGCUUAUCACUGUACUCGGCGACCCCGAAUGGUACCCGGAAUUUGCUGUCUGUGGCGUAAGAGUGCUGACCACUCAUAACGACACGGCGAAGUUCUUUGCCGAGGAGUUAACGUCAGUGCCUGAUCUGGCACUGUCGUAUGAGCGAUUGCUCAGCCAAGUGAGUCCACGACUGCCAGUGGGGCAAGCGAUGAAGAUGUUUGGGGCGAUGAGUCUCACCGAGGUGUCGAUGGGACCUCAGUGUGUCUACUUGACGUUCCCGCCGGGGAUCCGAGUCCUGUUGAAGGAGGAACGGGAAAAAUCUGUACAUAACUUUGCAUUAUUAUGA